UACACAUGGUGUAUUGGCCCUCCGGUUACCAGUGGCUUAGAUGGGACUGGUGGGAGAAGGCCGCGGGCUGGGGAGGUCCAGCUCCAUCCGGCUCACCCCUCCUGGUACAGCAGCAGCACCAGCCAAGCAACUGCGCUUCAGGAUGCGCUGGUGUCACAUCAGUCCCCUAGCCGUCGGCAAAGACCGAUGCCUCUCGUUCAGCCAGUGUAUUCCUUCCAAGUUACAGAAGACACAAUACCAGGAGCGGUAGUGGGAAGGCUGCAGGCAGUGAACCGGGAGAGCAAAAGGCCAGUCAAGUACUCCGUGCUGGUGGACGACGGGGACAAACUCUUUCUGUUGAACCGCCUCUCUGGGGACUUCCUAUUGUCCCGCGGCCUGGAUUUCGAAUUGCAGAAAUUCUACAUUCUCACGGUGGGGGUCCAGGAAGAGGGGGGUCCGCUAUCGGGUGUCAGGGUUUACUUCAACGUGCUGGACGUCAACGACAACCCCCCAGAGUUUAAACCGGACACCUGCUCUGCUUCGCUGCCCGAGGACGCGGCCACUGGGACCUGCUUUCUUCUGCUAAAUGUCCACGAUAAAGACGCAGGUGAGCGGGGAGGCCAGUGAAGCUCAAACGUUCUAAAUGUUAAUCACUUAACCUGGGAUGCCAAUGGCAUUUGGAAAAUAAAUAAAGUGCCAGACAGUGUGACAUUUA